AUGCCUGAAGCACAUUAUAUAGCAUCCAAUGCAAUUGACCGAGACAAGUCAAAAUGUACUAGAAACAUCGAAAUAGGAACACUUUCAAACAUAAAAACGGUGUGGUGGAGAGUAGAUCUCGGUGACAUUUACAGCAUCAAUGUUCUAUUCAAGAACUAUGACGGCUAUGAAAUGCGACAAAAAGGCCGUAUUGCGGGAUUUUCCCUUUAUUUAUCAAAUUCCAGUAUUAGUGGAAACGAGAUCUUGUGUUACAAGGAUGAAGAACAUCUACCGCCAUUAAACUUUACAACUACAUGCGCUGGAUAUGGACGAUACGUCAUAUUUUACAAUGAAAGACUGGAUGAAUAUAAAUAUCCGGACGGAUAUCAAAGUUCGACAGUUACUGAAUUGUGCGAAGUAAUAGUAAAUGGUUGUGGCGAAGCAGGUGCCUAUGGAGAAAAAUGUGAUGAAAAAUGUCCCAAGAACUGUCAAGAACAGAGGUGCAACAUCAUCAAUGGAACUUGUGUUGGAUGUUUACCAGGGUGGAAUGGAACUUUUUGUGAAAAAAAAUGCCCAGAAGGAUGGUAUGGUCUUGAAUGCAAACUUCAGUGUUUUGCGCACUGCAAAGACAACGCUUUCUGCAAUCACGUGACUGGUCAAUGUGACAAUGAAUGUGCGGAUGGAUGGAAAGGGGCAUUCUGUGAUGAGCAGUGUUUGGAAGAGAAUUAUGGAGUCGACUGUAAAUUCAAUUGCAGUAGUCAUUGUCGGAAUGACGUUCCUUGUGACAAACAAACUGGACAUUGUGUGACCAAUCGGAUAUUUCGGAAACGAAUGAGGAAGUACUUAAGAAUGAAGUCUGACACCGUUGCUUUGCAGGAUGUGUUAGAUUCCAAAAACAACCACUACUAUAGAGUAACAUCCUCCACUAUGCCUGGCUAUAAGGGACUAAUGGAUAACAGAGAAAAAAUUGAUUAUCAGAAUGUUACAUCAAAUUAA